GCUCUGAAAGACGCUCUCGGGCGAGCGGCUCUCCCGACAAGCGCCCGAGACGCAACUUAGCGCUACGCUUUGUCUUAACAGCGACGGCCUCGUGACGGGCGCGUCAACGCCGCAGAGUGUGCUGCUGGUCGUAUCUCUAUCACGCUAGCGAGCGGCGUGCGGCAGUAGCAACAGCAGCAUCUCGUCCGUCGUCUAGUCAGUCUGCCGGCGAUCGCGAGCCAAGGCUAAUUCCCGAGAGAGCGCGCGUAGUGUACUCCGGAGAGAGAGAGAGAUAGGAAGAGGCGGCGUGGCUGCGUUUGCCGUCGCCUCCCUGCUUCUUCGCGGCAGGAAUGGCUUCGCCGGCGGCCGAGAACGUGUUUGGCGGCGGCGGCGGCAGCCGUGGUCGUAGCGCCGCUGACAGGUCGGACCGCUUCACUAACGGCACGCCGCACGGCCUUUCCCGUGCCUCUGCUUCUUCAGGAUACCACCGCCAGGGGCGACCGAUUGGAGCAGCGGUAGGAGGAGGAGGAGGAAGUGCGGCCAUGACCUACCGCAGGGGAGCCAAGGACGAUGGCUGCUGCAGCGUCGGAUUCCUCAAGUGCCUGCUGCACACGUUCAACUUCAUCUUCCUGCUGUCGGGAUGCGCGGUGCUCGGCGUGGGCGUGUGGACGCUGGUGGCCAAGCGGCACCACCUGAGCCUGCUGACCACGGCCACCUACGCAUCGACGGCCUACAUGCUGGUCCUAGCCGGGGCGCUGGUCAUCCUCGUCACGGCCCUCGGGUGUGUGGCCGUCUGCCGCCUGCAUCGAUGCUUCCUCUUGGCCUACACCUUCCUGCUCCUUUUGAUCUUCCUGAUGGAAGCCGUUGCGGGGAUCAUUGCCUAUGUCUACGAAGAACAGGUGUGGCAUGAGUUGGCUGAUGGACUGAACACAACUUUCGUCGAGAGCUACGGAAUUGACGCAAGCAGAACAGAGGCAAUCAACGACUUGCAGCGCACCUUUAAGUGCUGCGGUGCCAAUGGCUUCGAAGACUGGAAACACAGCAUGUGGCUUCGCAAGCAUUCGCGUACCAACAACAAGGUUCCGGACUCCUGCUGCAAGACCGUAGGCCUGGGCUGUGGCAAAUUGGCCCACCCAUCAAACAUCUACUAUGACGGAUGCAUCAAUGCACUUGAUGAGCAGAUUCGAGAGCAUUUAAUCAUCAUAGGUGCUGUCGGCCUUGGAAUAUGCCUUGUUCAGGUUUUCGGCAUGAUAUUCUCCUGCUGUCUGUACCUGAGGUUACGGGAUUACAGGAGACAUCCACAGUACUACUGAUGUCGCACUUGUGGAGCUCCGGUGGAAUUAAUUGCGUGAAAUGAGAGAAGGGGAUGUGCAUUUUGUGCUGCACAAUACCAAACAAAAGCGCUGCGCCCUUAGAAUGGAAUAACGGAGAAUUCUCGGGCCUUUGUUCUGUACAUAGUGGGACGUGCAGCUGUGUAGGUUAUUUAUUUGGUGCGCUCUAUACCAAGGAAAGAAUCUCGGUGUCAUCUCGUGCUCGUUCAUUUUUCCUUUUUUUAUGCUUGUACAUAUGUGUGGGCUGCAAUGCCAUCAAAUGCAACAUGUAAUUUAGUGUUAACUCAAUGCAUUAUGUGAAGCUUUAUGUCAAGGUUGUGCUAAAGAAACAUCGACGGUCAACUCAUUACAACUUCCAAGUGUGUGUAUUGGUUUUUUUUUCUUAGAGAAUCAUUAACUUAAAAAAAACAAGAUGCCUGAGAGUAGGCCUCAGUAUAUUGAGAUAUUGGAGUCACAUGUUGCUAUUUAUGUACAGCAUCUGUGCCGUUCUUUAUUUAUAAGCUCUGUAGCUUUGCUGUGAAGAUAAUGGCUGUUGGUUGUAAAUAAAGUCUGUUUCCUCAA